AUGGACAGUGAACAAGUAGGUUUGAUAUGGGAUUCGUAUGCAGCUCUAUGGACUGAACAGACAAGGAAGGGGUUUGAUCAAUACAGAGAUCUAUUAAAUACACCAACCUUUCUACAUGUAUUUCCUAUCAAACGAGAUGGUAAUAAUAAUAAUCACCUACUAAGAGGAUUAGAUGUGGGUUGUGGAGAAGGAAAUAAUACAAGACUGGUAGCAGAGCAUACAGGUGCUAAAAUCAUUGGUAUUGACAUCUCUCCAGUCUUUAUCAAUGCUUCAAAAGAUAAAGAAGAUCUUGAUUUUGUGACCAAUACUUUUACUUCUUCUUCAUCUUCUUCUUCAUCUUCUUCUUCUUCUUCAACACCUUCACCUUCACCUUCUUCAACAAUGAUAACAAGACAAAAGAUAGAAUAUCAAGUUGUUAAUGCUGAAAAGGUUGGUGAUCAUUUUGCAGAGGGAUCAUUUGAUUUUGUUACUUCGUUUAUGUGUUUGAUGGAUGUACCCGAUGCAAAGGCUGUUUUAGUUGGAGUCAAUCGUAUACUUAGACCAGGUGGAGUAUUUCAAUUUUCAGUUCUUCAUCCUUGUUUUAAUCCACCCACCAAGAAGAUGCUUCGUGACCAAGACGGUGUACCCUAUGCCAUGCAAAUAGCAAAUUACUUUGACACUGGUAAAGUUAAAAUCGAUCGUUGGUGGUUCUCUAAUACUCCAAAAGAUCAAAGAGCUCCAUUAUUGGAUACAAAUACAAAUACAAUGAUUGCUCCUCCUCCUCCUCCUCAAGACGAUCGUAAAAUACCAGCAUAUUGUCUACCUUAUUUUCAUCGUACAUUGUCAAUGUGGACAGAUUACAUUAUCGAGAGUGGUUUCAAUAUUCGAAAGAUUGUUGAACCUACAGCACUAUCUGAUUUCCUUCCAAAAGAAUCAAUUGGAAAUAAGGUUAUUGAUGACACCAAAUCAAUUCCAAUAUUCAUUAUCUUUCAACUUUAUAAACCAUUAUAA